AUGUCUGACAUCAACGUCAACGCUGCCGCCGAGCAGGAUGUCCAGAACACCUUGGCCGAGCUGAAGGCUGAACAGCAAGCUCCCGCAAACGGUGCUGCGCCCGAACAGAAGGAAGAUGCCGAGGAAGGUCGUAUUGUCGAGGCUGCCGCAAAGCUGGGCGAGAAGUCCGAGAACGCCGAAGAGACCAAGUCCAAGGAAGGAAAUCAUGGCAACAAGGGUCACAAGGGUCGCUCGAACGCCAAGUUCGACCCUUCGACUCUGCAGGAGACCGACGACCCUGUUGAGAUCCGCAAGCAAGUUGAAUUCUACUUCUCUGACUCCAACCUUGUCGCGGACAAGUUCCUGCUCUCCAAGGUUGGCGGAAGCACCAACAACUCCGUUCCUCUUGACCUCCUGCAUACCUUCAAGCGCAUGCGCCGCUUCCAGCCUUUCAGCGCCGUCGUCGAAGCUCUCAAGUCGUCUAAGACGCUCGAGCUUACCGACAACGACACCGGCGUGCGCCGCAAGAACCCCCUCCCCGAGUCGGUGACCGCGAACCAUGACCCCAACGUCGUCAAGGUCUUCGAGGACAAGGCCAUGAGCCGGAGUAUCUACGCUAAGGGAUUUGGAAAUGAGGAACCCAGCACCCAGUUCGACAUUGAAGCGUUCUUCGCGCCCUACGGUCCCACAAACGCCAUCCGUCUCCGUCGCGCAACCGACAAGUCCUUCAAGGGAAGCGUUUUCGUUGAAUUCGAGUCGGAAGAGAAACAGAAGGCUUUCCUGGAGCUCGAUCCCAAGCCCCAGUGGAAGGGCCAGGACCUGAUAAUCAAGAGCAAGAAGGAAUACUGUGAAGAGAAGGCCGAGGACAUUGCAGCUGGCCGGAUCAAGCCCAACCGUGGCCGUGGUGGUCACCGGGGUGGGCGCGGCCGUGGUGGCCGUGGUGGACGUGGUGGUCGUGGUGGCCGUGGCGGUAACAGGGGCGAUGACAGCCGUGACUGGAGGGAGCGUCGGCAAGAAGACCAGCAGAAGGGAUUUGCGGACGACAAGCCCCGUGGUGAGAAGGAUGCUCGCGGCGUCCCCGUCGUCCAGAGCACCGCCGAAGCUGGCCAGAAGCGCGCUCGCGAAGAAGAGGGCAGUGAGCAGCCGGCCAAGAAGGUCGAUUCCAAGGAGUAA